UUAAAAAAGUUAUUUCAACUCGCUGGAAAAUGUCGUCUGCAGAACCAUCGGAAGCGGACAGCGUCGUUGUGGAGGAAAUCGACGAAAUGCAGCUGGAUCCGCAGGAGUUGUCGCAGUUCGUCGAGACAAGUUCGAUUUCGCUACCGGGCGAGCCGGGCGCAUCCAUCAUAAUGCCUCCCGGACGUCGGUUGCGGUCAUCCACCGUUGCUUCCAAUUCUUCAGCCCCUUCGGAGUCGGAAACGGACGACGAGAGUCCUCAGCAGAACGAGGUGUGGAUUAAAAAGUUCGUUGCCGGUGAGAUUAGCUACACCGAGUACCAGGCACGAAUGCAACCAUCAGGAGAAAUGGAGCUGGAGGAUGAAGAGUUGGCUGCGCGGAGAAAAAGUUCAAGAAAGUCGACGAGGUUCGAAAAGGAUCUGAGCGUCCAACGGAAGGAUGCUUUGAGGGGUAAUUUGCAAGGACCGACGCAGGUUAAGGUGGAUGGAAAGACGUCUAUGAAACGACACCGACGAUUUCUGCCUCCCGCGUUGCAGGGUUUGAUGGGGCAGGCAAAUUUGUGUUACGCUAGGGGAGAGUCGGAGAUGGCUAAAAAGUUAUGUCUGGAGAUUGUGCGACAGAUGCCGCUUGCUCAUGAGCCGUUUGUCACAUUGGCGCAAAUUUACGAAACGGAAGAUCCAGAAAAAUAUUUGCAGUUUUCGUUGAUUGCGGCGCAUUUGAAUCCGUCGGAUGUGGAACAGUGGGUACGGAUUGCGGAGAUAUCGGAGGAGCAUGGGAACUUAAGUCAGGCUUUGAUGUGCUACGCACGGGCGAUCAAGUCCGACCCGAAGAACUUCGAUUUGCGAAUGAAGCGAGUGCAGCUGCUGGAGAAAAAGGGCGAAGAGAAGCAAGCAUUCAAGUGCUACUUUGCAAUGUUGCCGUAUAUUCCGAAGGAGCGUGGAGAGUUUCUGGUGGAAACGGCUAAAAGGUUGGCGAAGAAGUUUCACGAGGAAAAUAACAUACCAGCGGCCAUGGAGGCCAUGGACCGUGCUUAUGGGACAGUUUCGGAACUGUUCACUGUGGAAGAUAUAAAUCUUUUUUUGGAACUGUUGAUUACGACAGGGCACUAUAGAAAGGCGCUGGAUGUUCUGAUGGCUCACACAAACGUUGAAGUGCAUGAGAUGGUCGGCGAUGAUGGCGAAGAAGCCGAUCCCAGCGGUAGCAGCACCAUCUACACCGUGGUCAUACCGGAAGACAUGGUGUUGGAUUUUCGAACGAAGCUGGCAGUCGUUCUGGUGCACCUGAAAUGCGAGCACCUGUUCGAUAUGAUUGUGGACAAUAUCUUCUCGAAUAUCAAUGUGGAGGAAGCUGGAGACUGCUAUUUGGAUGUCGCUGAAUCGUUGAUGAAAGAGUUGCAUUAUCAUUAUGCACUGAAGUUGCUGGUUCCGUUGAUUAAAAGUGAAAACUUCUCACUAGCAGCGGUUUGGUUACGGUAUGCGGAUUGUUUGCGCGCUAUUGGAGAUUAUAACGAGGCUAUUAUGGCUUACAAGAAGGUAGUUUCCUUGGCUCAACAUCUAGACGCUCGCCUAACUCUGUCGGCAUUGCUCAAACAGCAGGGUAAUUACGACGAGGCCCUAAAAGCGCUUGAACAAGAUCCGGAAAGCGAAAUCAUGGAUGCCGAACUGCUGUACGAGCGUUGCCUCAUGCUGAAGGAGAUAGGCCGAUUCGACGAAUUCCUCUCGACCGGUUUCAUGCUACUGAUGCGCCAUUGCGUUCCACUGAGAAGUCGGCUCGAACUGGGCGCUGCCAUUUCGGUUCCACGGUUCUGUGAAAUGCUGAAAACCAUCGCUGACAUAAAGGUUUCCCGACAGGAUACGACAGAGGAGCACAGGCCGGAGUUUUCACGCUCGGAGAACGAGCCAUCCGUAGAGAUGGAAUGGGAACUGGUUCUCAACUUACUUCAAGUAGCAGACUUCAUCAAAGAUUAUGCCUUCUUCCAGAAGCUUGUAUUCACUCUGUGCACCGCCAAGCGGUUUCAAUUUUACCGACAUGAGCUUCAAUGUCUCGCUCUCCUUGGUUGCCUGUUUAAUCGUGAUCCUAUGUAUGCGUACAAUCUAAUCCGAGAACGUGUCAACAAGGAAAAGGAUCUCAAUAACCCCCGUCUGUGGAAUCUUUUUAACUUGGUCAUCCUGGUGACGGGGGACAUUCGCUACAAUCGUUAUCUCAUGCGUCUAUUCGGACGAUCUCCCGUGAAUCCGAAUGUUCGAAUCCUGCAAGCAAACUACCACCUAAAUGCGGGAACCUACAAGUACGCCCUGAAUGACUAUAGCAAAAUCUACAUGAAAACGGGCGAUCCCAUUCAUGCCAUGUUGAUUGGCGUGACUUUGACGCAGAUUGCGUGCCAGAAGUUUACCAGCAAAAAGCAAGCAUUGGCCUCCCAGGCAAUCGGAUUCAUGGAGAAGUAUCGCAAGAAAAGACCCGGCGAACUAAGCAAUGAAAUUCAUUACAACAUCGGCCGGAUGUAUCAUCAGCUGGGGAUGUACAGUUUAGCGGUGAGUCACUACAAACAGGCGCUGGAGUUCACCAAUGCACUGAUUCAGGAGCACCCAUUGUAUCUGGAUUUGCGGGCGGAGAUUGCGUACAAUCUGAGUAGUAUUUAUAGAAGCAACAACAAUUUGGAACUGGCAAGGAAGUAUCUGUAUGAGUACAUUGAAAUUUAAUGCGGGAAGUGCGGACUGAAACGAUUAAUAAUGAACUGUAGUUU